AUGAUGCCUUGUCGCUUAGUGGUUAUGCGGCAUGGUGAGCGAAUUGAUGAUCUAUUUCCGGAAUGGAUUCGUAAGUCUACAUCAUCCGGAUCAUACCGAGCUUUCGAUUUGAAUAUGCCUCUUACUCUUCCGGAACUGAAACGACCGUUCAAACAUUAUGAAAAUGAUACGAUAAUUUCGGAAAUGGGUUAUAUUCUUGCAGAAAUGAUUGGAAGAGGACUUCUUGUUAAUAAAUCUAUACCCGAUGUCAUUUAUGCAUCACCAUCAUUACGCUGUGUGCAAACGGCACAUUCGGUACUAAAAGGAAUGGCCAAAGAGGAUGAAAUUAAAAUUCGGAUCGAACCGACACUUUUUGAAUUUACUGGUCUUUAUCCAAAUGGACAACCGAAAUUAGCAACACCUCAAGAGCUUUACGAUGCUAAAUUUAACAUCGAUACUGACUAUGUACCACUCACAACAAUGGAUAAUAUUUGGGAAAUGAAUGAAUCCAUCGAAAUGUAUAGUAAACGUGUACAAAAUCUGCUACGACAAUUAGCCACGACAAAUGAAUGGAGUCAGCGAGCUGAUGGUGCUUUAAUUUUGGNCUUAUCACAUUUCAAAUCACAGAUUUGGGAAAUGAAUGAAUCCAUCGAAAUGUAUAGUAAACGUGUACAAAAUCUGCUACGACAAUUAGCCACGACAAAUGAAUGGAGUCAGCGAGCUGAUGGUGCUUUAAUUUUGGUUGUUGGGCAUGCAUCAACAGUAGAUUUGGCAAUCGGUGCAUUCCGGGAACCACCUCGAACAGUUCUUGCUCGAGAACUCAUCAAUCACGGAGAGAAAUUCCCUUACUGCUGUACAGCAAUUAUCGAUCGAAUGGAUAAUGGUCGAUGGUUGUACAACGAAACUGCCUUGCCACCCAUUACUUAUAUGAAUUUUAGCUCGAAAAUUAAUCGAGAUUUUGCUAUGCGCAAACGGGCUGCAACGUGA